AAGUCGCGUUAAGGAGCAGAAUGAAUGGGAACCAGAAAUUGGAGGCUUGUAACCAAGACAGGCAGGAUUUUGUCCAGCACUUCUCCCAGAUUGUCAAGGUGCUGACUGAGGACGAGCUAGGACACCCGGAGACAGGCGAUGCCAUUGCCCGGCUCAAGGAGGUCCUGGAGUACAAUGCUGUGGGAGGCAAGUACAAUCGGGGUUUGACUGUGCUCCAAGCCUUCUGGGAGCUGGUGGAGCGGAAACAGGAUGCCGAGAGUCUGCAGCGGGCCCUGACUGUGGGCUGGUGUGUGGAACUGCUCCACGCUUUCUUCCUUGUGUCAGAUGACAUCAUGGAUUCUUCUCUCACUCGACGCGGACAGAUCUGCUGGUACCAGAAGCCAGGCAUAGGCUUGGAUGCUGUCAAUGAUGCUCUGCUUCUGGAAGCCUGCAUCUACCGCCUGCUGAAGUUGUACUGCAGGGAGCAGCCCUACUACCUGAACCUGCUGGAGCUCUUUCUGCAGAGCUCCUAUCAGACAGAGAUUGGGCAGACCCUUGACCUCAUAACAGCACCCCAGGGCCAUGUGGAUCUUGGUAGAUACACUGAAAAGAGGUACAAAUCUAUUGUCAAGUACAAGACGGCUUUCUAUUCUUUCUACCUGCCUGUCACGGCUGCCAUGUACAUGGCAGGCAUUGAUGGGGAGAAGGAACAUGCCAAUGCCAAGAAGAUCCUGCUGGAGAUGGGCGAGUUCUUUCAGAUCCAGGACGACUACCUUGAUCUCUUCGGUGACCCCAGUGUGACUGGAAAGGUCGGCACUGACAUCCAGGACAACAAAUGCAGCUGGCUGGUGGUUCAGUGUCUGCUACGAGCCACUCCGCAACAGCGUCAGAUCUUAGAGGAGAAUUACGGGCAGAAGGACCCAGAGAAGGUGGCACAGGUGAAAGCGCCGUAUGGAGCGCUGGAUCUGCCAGCUGUGUUCCUAAAGUACGAGGAAGACAGCUGCAGCCGCCUCAAGAGCCUCGUGGAGCAGUACUCUGCACCGUUGCCCCCAGCCAUCUUCCUGGAACUAGCAAAGAAGAUCUACAAGCGGAAAAAGUGACCUCGAGCUUGCAAAGGCUUUGAGGGAGGGAUCUCAAUAAAUUAUUG